AUGGAUUGGUUAUCCGCUCACCAUGCGGUCUUGGACUGCUAUGCCAAGACCAUUACCUUAUCCAUGCUAGGUAUUCCACUGGUGGUGUGGCAGGACUCUUGUACUUGCACGCUAGUUGGAGUGAUCUCUUUUGUUUGGGCCUGGAGGUUAGUGGAAAGCGGAUUUUUGGCAUAUUUGGCUUAUGUUAGAGAUAAUAAUAGGGAAGACCCUUUAGUUGAUUCACCACCUAAAGUCCAAGAGUUUAGAGAUGUGUUUUCUGCCAAUCUACCUGGCCUCCCUCCUGAUUGUGAUAUUGACUUCACAAAAGAUAUAGAGUCGGCAUUCUUGGGGCACGUGGUGUACAAGGGUGGUAUUAUGAAAGAUCCGACGAACAUAGAGGUUAUUCGUGAUUGGGCUAAACCCACCUUUAUGGAUGAGAUUCAUAGCUUCAUCAGAUUGGCAGGGUACUACAGGCACUUUUUUGAGAGGUUCCUUACAAUAGCGGCACCUCUGACUUGGUUGACUUGCCAAGAGAGGGAUCUUAAUUCCAGGCAGCGCCGCUGGAUUGAGCACCUGAAGAACUAUGAUCUCUCUAUUCUUUGCCAUUUGAGAAAGGCAAAUAUAGUAGCAGAUGCCUUGAGCCAGAAAGAGGUGAGUAUGGCCUAUGUGGGAGGUCAUUCUUCUCUGUUGGAUCAGAUUCACAACCUUCAGUUAGAGGAUAAGGAGUUACUUACACUUUGA